AAAGGGCCGGCUUGCUCAGCGGCGGUGGGAUGCCCCUGCGCUGACCGCCGGGGGCCCGUGCCUGCAGCUGCCGUCCGCGUAGACGCGCCCGGCCGGACCCCUCGCCACCAUGUAAACGACGCCCGCAGAGAGACGCUGGCUCCUCGGCCCGGGACCCCUCCGCCCCGCCCCGGGCCCCAGGGCCCUCGAUGAGGACGCACCAUGCUGACCGGGGUGACUGAUGGGAUCUUCUGCUGCCUGCUAGGCGCGCCACCCAACACCGUGGGACCCCUGGAGAGCGUUGAGUCCAGCGAUGGCUACACCUUUGUGGAGGUCAAGCCAGGCCGCGUACUUCGGGUGAAACACGCCGGGCCUACCCCAGCCCCUACCCCGCCGCCACCACCCGCCCCCGACGCCGCCCAGGGGGACCGUUCUGGCCUGGUCCGCUGCCAGCGCCGGAUCACCGUGUACCGCAACGGGCGGUUGUUGGUAGAGAACCUGGGCCGGGCGCCACGAGCUGACCUCCUGCACUGGCAGAACAGCUCUGGGGAGCCGCCGACUGCCCUGGAAGUGGAGCUGGCUGAGCCAGCAGGCAGUGAGGGCCGCUCCGGCCCAGGCAGCCUGGGCAGCAGUGGGCGGCGGCGGCGUGCUCGGCGCCCCAAGCGGACCAUCCAUAUUGACUGCGAGAAGCGCAUCACCAGCUGCAAGGGUGCCCAGGCUGACGUGGUGCUCUUUUUCAUCCACGGGGUCGGUGGCUCCCUGGCCAUCUGGAAGGAACAGCUGGACUUCUUUGUGCGCCUGGGCUACGAGGUGGUGGCACCUGACCUGGCAGGCCACGGGGCCAGCUCAGCACCCCAGGUGGCUGCUGCCUAUACCUUUUAUGCGUUGGCCGAGGACAUGCGCGCUAUCUUCAAGCGCUAUGCCAAGAAGCGCAACGUGCUUAUCGGGCAUUCGUAUGGCGUCUCCUUCUGCACAUUCCUGGCCCACGAGUACCCAGAUCUGGUGCACAAGGUGAUUAUGAUCAAUGGUGGGGGCCCCACGGCGCUGGAGCCCAGCAUCUGCUCCAUCUUCAACAUGCCCACGUGCGUCCUGCACUGCCUGUCCCCCUGCCUGGCCUGGAGCUUCCUCAAGGCUGGCUUUGCCCGCCAAGGGGCCAAGGAAAAGCAGCUGCUGAAAGAGGGCAACGCGUUCAACGUGUCGUCCUUUGUGCUGCGCGCCAUGAUGAGCGGUCAGUACUGGCCCGAGGGCGACGAGGUGUACCAUGCCGAGCUCACCGUGCCAGUCCUCCUUGUCCACGGCAUGCACGACAAGUUUGUCCCUGUGGAGGAGGACCAGCGCAUGGCCGAGAUCCUGCUUCUGGCCUUCCUGAAACUCAUAGAAGAGGGCAGCCACAUGGUGAUGCUCGAGUGCCCAGAAACCGUGAACACGCUACUCCACGAGUUCCUGCUGUGGGAGCCUGAGCCCAUGCCGCAGGCCCUGCCUGCGCCCCAGGAGGAGAAAAAGUAGCCGCGGGCGGCGGGCAUCACUUGGUGAGUGGAGGAGCUGGAGGACCUGUAGCCAGAGCAAUUUCUGCAGCACGGCAACCUGGGCG